ACUAGCUAGAGCCUAAAACGGUAUCGUGUAUCUCAAUGGGUUUAACCAUUUCACGAUCUUCCUUGCCGGAGAUACCAAAUGAUCUCGUCUCUGAGAUUCUCUCGAGAGUUCCUGCCAAAUCCAUGGCAAGAUUCCGUUGCGUGUCGAAGCAAUGGUCUUCAAUCCUCAGCUUUCCCUAUUUCACCGAGCUUUACCUCACCAACUCCUCUGCUCGUCCACGUCUUCUGUUUACCUUACAUGUUGACGGUAGGUGGCUCUUCUUCACAUCACCUCAGCCUCUAAAUCUAGACAAGAACUCCUCUCCAUCUUUAGUUGCCGAUCGUCACAUGUGUUUCCCAUGUUCCUUUGAGGUUUCUAAGGUUUGUCCUCCUGUCUGCGGAUUGAUAUGUAAUAAAGAUACGAACCUGAUGAUAUGUAACCCUAGCACAGGAAAGUACGUAACCUUACCCGAUACGACAAAUGAGAGCGCAGAAAUGAAAAAAACCUAUUUUGGAUAUGAUCCGAUCAAGAAACAGCACAAAGUGUUGUGUGUAUCAAUUGGUGCUCGAAGGCAUCGAGUUCUCACAUUAGAACCUGGAGGAAGAUUAUUAUGGAGAAUGGUUGAAUGUUCCAUUCCUCAUGAUCCUCAAUGUGUUGGGAUAUGCAUCAAUGGGCUUUUAUUUUAUAAAGCUAUGGGAACUCGAUUAAUGAUAGUUUGCUUUGACGUUAGGUCUGAAAAGUUCAAGUUUAUUAGUAUUGAAAACCAAGGUGUUUGGAUCCAGUUCUUGCUUCGUACUCUGAUCAAUUACAAUGACAAGUUAGGUGCACUAAUCAAUGAUUCAGAUGGUAUGUUUAAUAAAAGAACUACAUGCAUCGAGUUGUGGGUUUUAGAUGAUGUCGACGAACAGAAAUGGUCGAGGCAUUUAUACAUAUUGCCGCCUUUGUGGAAGAACGUAGUUGCAAAUGACUGGUUAUAUAUUGUUGGGAUGACUCGUAAUGGUGAAAUUGUGUUGACUUCCUUCGGUUUAUAUGAUCCUUUCUACAUUUUCUAUUACAAUAUGAAGAGGAACACUAUUAUAAGAGUUAAAAUCCAUGGGAUUGAAGCUUUUAAGGGUCGGAAGAUUUACACAUUUAUAGACCAUGUAGAAGAUGUGAGGCUUAUGGAUGCUAUUAUGGCUUCAUAAGACUUUAUAACAGCUAGCUGUAGUUUGGUUUCUAAGUUGGGCAUCUUAUAUGCUCUAUAUAUACAGC